AUGGAGUCCAAGUAUUCCUUUAAGCACUCUACGGACAGCAAGACUAUGGGCAUUCGAAAGCGCGAUAAGCCCGCCGCGGAUACGGCGGAGGCGGCGGUGACAACUGUCCGUCGAGUGUUAUCGCCGGGCGACAUCUUCAUCGCCGCGGGUCGGUUUUUCUACGCGUGCGCUGUGCGGUGGGCGGUAAUGGCGUCCGUCGCAACGGGAUUCGCGCGCCGGCACCGUCUCGUCGUGCGGCCGCAAUAUAUCGCUCCACUUAAAUUACGCGCGACCGUACCUGUUACGGUGGACUAUCGCGAUGGCUGCCUUCGAUGCGACAACGGCCGUACAGCCGUUCGCACC